AUAUAUUCAUCGUCUCAUUGAAGCUUCCUAAUCUUCUGACCAUGUGAAAGCCGAUUUGUCUUCUCUCUUUCUCAUGUGAGAAAGCUGCUCCGGAUUCCCCGCGCUUCAUACUCCUUUUGAGAUCUAAUCGGAGUGACAAAAAAAGAAUUACUAGAAACUUAUUCUGUUUGUUAGGUUGUGGAUGAUGGAUAAGGAGAAGUCUCACCAUGGGAACAUACUUCCGCCCUCGGGGAGGUACUCUGUUUUCCCACCGCCUGGGAGUAGUUACAAUGCCAAGCCGGAGCAGACUGGUUUGUCGAGUUUGCCUCCGCUAGGGCCGGGCAGUUCAUCGGAGCAGGGUCAUUUUGGUCAUGGCGUGCCUUCGGAUUCCAGGCAAUUUAGUCAUGAUAUAAGCCGCAUGCCCGACAAUCCACCAAAGCAUAUGGGUCAUCGACGUGCUCACUCCGAGAUUCUUACCCUUCCGGAUGAUAUUAGCUUUGACAGUGAUUUGGGCGUUGUUGGUGGAUUGGAUGGGCCCUCGUUUUCCGAUGAUACUGAGGAUGACUUGUUUUCUAUGUAUCUUGACAUGGAUAAGUUCAAUUCUACGUCAGCAACUUCAUCGUUCGAAGCUGGUGAAUCGUCUAAUGCAAUGGCAGCGCAGCAAGGUCUUUCGUCUGGUCCUUUUGGAGCAGCUAAUCAAUCUUUAAGUGAGAAACCAAGGAUUAGGCAUCAGCAUAGCCAGUCGAUGGAUGGUUCGACUACUAUUAAAUCUGAGAUGUUCAUGUCUGGUUCAGAAGAUCCAGCUUCUGCAGAUGCCAAGAAGGCCAUGUCUGCUGCUAAGCUCGCUGAGCUUGCUCUUGUUGAUCCAAAGCGUGCUAAGAGGAUUUGGGCAAAUAGGCAGUCAGCAGCAAGAUCAAAGGAACGGAAGAUGAGGUAUAUCGCUGAACUUGAAAGGAAAGUGCAGACUCUGCAAACAGAAGCGACUUCGUUGUCUGCACAGUUAACUCUACUGCAGAGAGAUACAAAUGGUCUUACAGCUGAAAAUAGUGAACUCAAAUUACGCUUGCAGACGAUGGAACAACAAGUGCAUUUACAAGAUGCUUUGAAUGAUGCGUUGAAAGAAGAAAUUCAACAUCUCAAGGUUUUGACUGGUCAGCCAAUGUCUAAUGGUGGAACUAUGAUGAGCUUUCCUGCGUCCUAUGGAGCUAAUCAGCAAUAUUUCUCCAACAACCACUCAAUGAACACAAUGUUAACGGCUCAACAACUUCAGCAGCUCCAGCUGCAUUCUCAGAAGCAGCAACAGCACCAAUUUCAGCAGCGUCAGCUCCACCAGUUUCAGCAGGAGCAGCAGCUAUCGCAGAGUGCGGACAUGAAGCUUAGAAAUUCUACGCAAUCUCCACUGGAAAAGGAACGUGCCCCCAACUCAUCAUCGAAGGAUUAGGUAUGGAUACAGGCAUGUGUUUUCGGGUGGAAAGCCGUAUAUGUCAUUAAUCUUUAGCACAGUUACUUUUUUGGUAGUCUGGUUUAGGUAAAAAUACACAAUAUUGAUUUCAGUAGGCAGUUUAUUCAAUUUGAAUUCACUUGAUAUUUGUUUCAUUGUUCUCACCUAGAGUAUUGAGGUUCUUUUACCGACUCUUAUGUUUGUAGUAAAACUCAUAUACUUUACAUGA